AUGCUCGAGACUACGGCACACUCGGGCUUGGUCCCAUCUCCCCAGGGAAGUGUCUACACUGUCGCAACUUCAUUCGCCAACACAGUCGUUGAGGGUGACCAGUUGGGUCGCGCCAUCCCGCAACUGACGGAUAUGUGGCUUGGCGGCAAACAGUUGGGCUAUAAUGAGCCGAUCGAAUGCCCUUAUUGUCGCACAAUCCAGAUAAUCAGGGAUCGCUAUCACUGGAAGCACCAUGUGCACGGUGAUCUGCAAACCUACAUUUGCACGUUCUAG